UGAUGUCACAGUCUCCUCCCCUAUCUCUUCCCUUGGCGCUCUCUUCCGGAAGAUUAGCGCCGCCCUGUGGUGAUGUCACAAUGACCACCCCUCCCACCUUCUGUUAGCUCUCAGUCUUGUCUCCAGGUGAGGGCGUGUGGGGCCCAGAGCAGCUGGAGGUCUGUGCGCUCCUCCCCCAGUGCCCUCCCCUUCAGCCCUUUUGCCCCUCCCCUUCAUUAGGUCCAUCUUACCGCCAUCUUCAAGGCUGACCGAUCCUAAGGGUCCUACUAGUGCCUCAGUGUCUGUGAGGAAGGGACGCUGAUUAAUACCAGUGGCGGAGGUGCUGUUCCUCUCACAGACGCCAGCCCAGUCGUAACUGGACCAAGACCAGCAAGGUGACUCAUGGAGGGGGACGUGCAACGGUUUACUUCCUCCAACCAUGACGCCAGUGUCCCUGCUGGCCUCAGAGCACUGUAUGAGGGGGGAUUGCUUCUUGAUGUCACCCUAGUUAUUGAUGAGCAGCAAUUCCGGGCCCAUAAAGUGCUCCUUGCCACCCAGAGUGACUACUUUAAGAAAAUGUUCACAACUGAGAGCCAGGAGGGAGAGCAGAAGCCCAUUCCUUUGCAUGAUCUGACUGCUACAGCCUUCAACCAUAUCCUAAAAUUCAUGUAUUUUGGAUACAUAGAAUUGAGCAUGAAUACAGUUUAUGAAAUCCUGAAGGGUGCCAUCAAUAUUAAACUUAAAGAAGUGGUGAAUUUCUGCUGCUCUUUUCUCCUAUCCAAAAUCUCCUUAGAAAAUUCUGGAGAAAUUCUGAAAUUCUUAGAUGAAUUUGGUAUAAACAUGGAGGGAGCCCGAGAGAAGUUGUUUUCAUGAACUUUCAUGCACUUUCAACCAUUUCUGUUAACUUUAAAAAGUCUCUUUUCCUAGAAGAUUUUUUUAAACUAUGUCCCGUGUCUCACCUGUGAUUGGCUUUUUCUCCACAUGAUACAAAAAUUGUUUCAAAAUUGCUCAAAUUAAAUUGAC